CAAAAGAGGAAGCUGGUAGCCAGUUAAAACUGGCCACGGAAUUUUGGAAUUUUUCCUAGUGUUUACAGAGCGAUUGCUAAUACAGGUCCGGCAGAUUUUGAAGAUUAUGUGUUAAAUUUAUUAGCUCAAGUUCAGCGCUAAUACCCGCCUACAAGAUGAGAGAAGUGGUUCUCACUGCAGCCAGCUUGGCGUUAACUGGGGCUGUUGUUGCGAAUGCCUACUACCAAAAGAAUCAAUUUUACCCUUCUGUCGUGUACUUAACUAAAUCCAGUCCAAGUAUGGCGGUAAGCUGCUAGUUUUGACCGAAUGAAUUUAUCAGGAAAUCUGUCUUUUGUCGGUGAAUGUAGCCGAUCAUCUGCUAUGUAUUGAAAUGAUGAAGCCUUACGUUUGUUUUGACAUGAACUCUGUCAUUCUCUCCGGUAGGUUUUGUACAUUCAAGCGUUCGUGCUUGUUAUUCUGUUCGGUAAAAUGAUGCGAAAGGUAUUCUUUGGACAGUUGCGAGCAGCUGAGAUGGAGGUAAAGUACUCUUCAUUACAAAUUAAUCUUUCGGUCACAAAUAGUGGGAUAAAAUUGGUCUCUUUGCUUAAAAGUGAGUGUAUAAAACUGUCAAGCGAUCGAGUUUCUGUGACUAGUGUAAGUUGUUGGAGGUACCAUAGUAAAUAAGGCUAUAAUUGCAAAUAAAUUAUUUCACCUCUCUUUCCUUAAGAGAGGUUAAUUGAUUUAUCUCCUCUUUGUCUUAAGCUUUGACUCUGAUAUCCCUUUUCAAGUGCCAUAAAUUCCUCAGUCUAGUUUGCAAUUUCAAAUUUCAUUCUUUCCUUUAGUUCACUUUCCCAAAAAGCACUCUCAAACAAACUGAUCUUAACACAUUCUUUUCGUUCUUUCAGCAUUUGAUAGAGAGAUCAUGGUAUGCAGUCACUGAAACCUGCUUGGCAUUUACAGUUUUCCGUGACGACUUUAGUCCUCGAUUUGUUGCUCAGUUUACAAUGUUGUUGUUUCUAAAAUGCUUCCAUUGGUUGGCGGAAGACAGGAUUGACUACAUGGAAAGAAGUCCUGUAUUGACAUGGUUAUUCCAUGUCCGAGCAGUUUUGCUUCUCAUGUUUCUGGGGAUGGUGGAUGCAGUUCUUGUGCAUGUUGCUUAUAAUACAACUAUGCAAAGUGGAGCAUCAGUACAACUUGUUUUUGGAUUUGAGGUUAGAAUAGAGAUUGAAACAGCUUUUGAUUAUCAAUAACAAGGGCAUGAAUAGUAUUUUAUAGGAGAGGGAGAGGUUAUGAUUAAUUAAGAGGGAGGUUUUAAUUAUAAACGUCUGCAUGUCCUACAUGAAGUGGCUUAUAUCAGCUUCUAAUCAUGUGGGAUGAUGAACUGGCAAAUGGAGUAUUUAUCCCAGGAGGAUAUUUACACUGGACAGAUUCUUGGGAUUUGUACAUUUUCUCAAACCUGAAUCACAAGAUUUAAAGUGUUAUUGACUCAGAAAUACAAGCAGAGGUCAUAAGUAUCUCAGGAUCUUCUCCUUCCCUGAUCUAACCUUACCCCUGCAUUACCUACUGUGGAGAAAUGGUUAGGUUGCUGGAUUUUGCACUGAAAGGUUCAGGUGUGAGGUUCAUUUUGGCAAAAUACUUUACUCUCAUGCCAUAAAUCUUUCAGAGGGACUUUUACAGAGUGUUUGGAGAAGGAGGGUUGGGGGGGGGGGGUGUAACUUGCAAUGUGCUUUGGUAAUUUCCCAUUCAGGAGGAAAAGCAACUUUCCUUGUUGUUUCAUUCUGCUGAAACCUGAAUGAGCUCAGGACAAAAGUGCAAAUUCUAUGCAGGAAAAUAAUGCAGACACAUGCGUUAGUAAAUGAGGAUUUAUAAUUCAAGACAUGAUGGUCAUUUAUAACAGGAAUAUGAACUGUGUUGAAGUGGUGACUUGCAGAACUUUACCAAAAAUAAUUUUUUUACCUCUCUGUGAGCUUCAUCUAGGCCCCUGAUUUAAAUUUUUUUCACAAUUUUUGUUGCAGUAUGCCAUUCUGUUAACGAUAGUAGUAACCAUCCAGAUGAAAUACAUCCUGCACAUUGUAGACCUUCGAAGUGAAAAUCCAUGGGAUAACAAAGCUGUGUAUCUAUUGUAUACUGAAUUAAUUACAGGUAACACUGAUUCUAUUUUAUUUACCAAACCCUGUUAAUGUCGCAAAGCAAGAUAUUUGGAGGUGUAACAAUAUUUGUGUCAAAGUUUGGCUCAAGAGGUCUAGGAUUUUGACUGGAUGAUUUUCUCUGAUCCUGUGCAUUGCAAUUCACAAUUAUGUAAUUAUUGACUGAGUAAGGGAAUCUGUUAGGAAAAUAAGUUUUGGUCAUGAAGUAUGGAAGGGAUGCAGCAUGACAUAGAGCAAAGUAUUUUCCAAUGUCACCCAACCCAUGCUGUGACUUAUGCCCCAUUCACACCAAAGCUUAAACAUGUUUAAAAGUUGUUUUGUUAAACACAGUUUAAUUUUUUUUUUCUUCAUAGAAACUAUUUAACCGAAUAUUUUUGACUUGAAUGUAGCACAUUGGAAAUGCAAGUUAGCAAGUACUUGAAUCCAAUGGAAAAUCAAGUUUUUCGGUUCUCUGUUUAUAAUUUUCAUUCAAUGAAAACCAGUUUAACAAAACAUGUUUUGCUGGUGUGAAUGGGGUAUAAGUCAAUAAGCAAUUUAUAAUACCACCUCCACCGUUUCACUUUCUUUCUUUCUUUUGUUAUGGCAUACAACCUUCAUACAAGGAUUUUUGUCUAAAAUAUUUUAACAAAAGUGCAUGUGGGUCAUAUUCAUUUCAUGAUUAUUUCUUGUUAUUUCUUUUGUCAUAGGUUUUAUCAAGAGUGUUCUUUAUAUUUGUUUUAUGAUCAUCAUGAUCAAAGUACAUACAUUCCCACUUUUUGCCAUUAGACCCAUGUACUUGACGUUACGGUAAGUCUCUUGAUUUUUCUUAAAUCAAGCAUUGCAUCACAAAGAACCAUUGUUUUAUCACAAAUAUAUACUGGUAACUAGGGGAAAAUUCAUUUGAUUGUUGUUAAACCAAAUUAUUUGCAACAACUUAUGAGAAGAAAGAAAAAUAUCAUUGUAAACAUUAAGAAAUCAUAAUAGUUUAGUUUUCAGUGUAUUAAUGUCCCUUAAAAACAGUGGUGGAAAUUUUUCAGACCAAUCACUAAGGUUAAAAAAGGAAUAACAAAAUAAUGUGAGAUAACUUUAAGAAUUGAAUUGAAAACUUCUCCAAACUGAGUCAACUACCUUGUAUGCAUAGGAAUCAAAGAAAAUUUUCCUAGGGAAGUGCAUAAACCAAACAACAAACACAUUAACCUUUUAGCUGUAUUUCCAAUCCAAUGAUGUAAUAAUUUAAUCCUUUAACUCCCAAGAUCUGAUUGUUUAGUUUCCCCUCUUGCUGCUACACAACUACUUGCAAAUUAGUGGCAAGAAUUUGGUGUACAAUCAAGAUAAGAACUUCUACCUGAUAAGUUUGAGUAUUCUCAUUAACUGUUUGCUAAAAAUAGUGAGGAAAUUAUAGGAAGAAGUUAAAUGUUAGUCACUUCUGGGAGUUAAAGGGUUAAAAGAAAGCUGAUGCUUAAACAUCAUUUUCAGGCCUUCUUGUUAAUUAAGGUGCAGAGCUUAAUCCUUUUUCUGGUUUCAUUGCAGGGGAUUCAAGAAAUGUAUUAGUGAUGUUAUUAUGUCUCGGCGUGCUAUUUCAAAUAUGAAUACACUGUGAGUACCAGUAGAUGUUUAUUUCUGGGAACCCUUUCCCAUUUGCCAACCUCAUAGGACAGCUAAGACUGUGGCUUUGUUUGAUCGCUUGUGAAUGUCUAUUCUCCAAACCAGAGGAUUCUCUUCUUGGAGAUCUGUUAACUUUGUCAAAUAGAAACUGUUAAAGGAUGAAUUUUACUGGUCUACUUAUUAAUCAAGGCAAGUGCUGUGAUGUAAUUUUUUUUUCCUUUGUGUCUUGUCUAGUUAUCCAGAUGCCACACCUGAAGAACUCCAACAAGGGGACAAUGUAUGCAUUAUAUGUCGUGAAGAAAUGACCACAGGCUGUAAAAAAUUACCAUGCAAUCACAUAUUCCACACAAGCUGCUUACGCUCUUGGUUUCAAAGGCAGCAAACAUGUCCAACAUGUAGAAUGGAUGUACUUAGACCUCAGCCCCCACCACAGCCUCAGCAGCCGCCACCCCCACAAGCUCCUCAGCCCCCUUUUGGCUUCCAUCCCAUGGGGGUUCCUCCUCCCCCUAUGGGAAUUCCCCCUACCCCAGGGGUACCACCCCAAGGUCUACAAAAUGGUAAGAACUUGUUAGAAAUGAGACUCAUUUGUGCCUGUAAAAACUUCAUGGUUGUGUUUUGUAAAACUUGCAUCCUUCUUCCCUUAACUGAUUUUUUUGUUGUUUUUUUAUUUCUUUUUGCCUGAUGUUUGCAGCACCCAAACUACAAGAAUUGUACUGGUUGAAUCAUACAAAUAGGCUUUGUAAACCUGCUUCACAUCAAUCAUUGUAUCUGUUCCAAUCUUUCUCUGAGAAGUGGAAUAUGUAUAUACAUGGUGCUUCUAUCAAAAGUUUUCCUAUCAAUUGUUCAAGCUCAUUCUCAUUUCAUUUUCUCAACUCAUCCCUUAUUAACCCCUCAACCCCUAAGAUCUGAUUGUUAAUUCUCCUCUCUUUCUGUUACAUAUUUAUUUGUAAAUUAGUUAUGAGAAUUUGGUGUUAGAUCAAGAUAACAACUUCUACCUGAUAAGUUUGAGAAUUCUCAUUUCCUGUUUGCUGAUAAAAUGUAUGGAUAUUAUAAGGAGAAGUUACAUGUUGAUCACUUCUGGGAGAUAAAGAGUGAAAGAAUAUAAUUCACAUCACUUGAUACAUGUUAACCCUUUGACCCCUAAGAGUGACUAAAGGAGUUCUUGAUUGUUAGACAAAUUCUCCCUGUCAGCACUUUAGGAAAUAUAUAGAGAACAGUGUGGAGAAUAUGAUAACUGAUGUUUGGGUAUAAAGGGUUAAUGUCUUGUCGUUACUCUUAGCUCCUCCAGUCAUGUUUCCUGGUUGGCCACCAAUGGGUGUUCCUCCAUUUCCACCAGGACAACAACCUCCUGUCCCAUCACAAGCACCUGCCCCUGGUGUUACUUCUGCUACUGGUUCUAGUAGUCCUCCACAACCAGGUAUAAACACAGCCCUUUUGUAAUCUUUUUCUUCACAUUUUAUUGUAUAAAUCAUGAGACGCUUUAUCCAAGGCUGUCACUAAGUUUUGAAGUAAUCAUUAUGUUGGAGAUAUCACCCAUAGCAGUGGGAUGUGUGACCUGGUGUAAUGUAACGGCAAUCUAUAUCAUGAACUUAAUAUAUGAUAUCAAGUGAGCUCAGUUGUAACAGGUGUUAUACAUAAUUGAACAUUAUACACAUAAUACACAUUAACACAAUCCUAUUAACCAUCCUGCAGAUUUCUUUAAGUUGUUUUGCAAAACCAACACUAUAUGUCAGCCCCUCAAGAAAGAAAACAUAUUUCACCCUUUAUCAGUAACUGCUAUUGAAAUGUGGCGGGUCAUUCCAGAAACAAAUUUCUUUUUAACAUUUCAUGUAAACUUCUGUGCAGUUAUUGAUAUUUUCAUGAUGAACAAGCAAGUUUUUAAUGUAACUUUGGCAUAGAUCUCUGGUCUUGUGUGAAGGAAUUUAAUGUUUUUGUAUUUUUCUGGCAGGUCCAAGUUCAGCUCAGGAUGCCAGCCAAACACAGGUGUUGUGCUUUUAACUUCACUAUCAAUAACUAAUAUGAGACACAGCUGUGAUUUAUUUGUUUUAGUCUGUGGAAAUAAAUUUUAUUUGCCAGGGUUCAACUCUUUUUGCAUCAGACUCAGUCAAUAUGUCUUACUGAGUUUUAAUUGUAAAGUUCAGGACCCAUUUGUUCAAAGGACAGAUAUUGCUAUCUACCGGAUAGAGAUUUAUCUGGUGUUUAGGGUUAUCCAGCCUUUGAAUGACUGAAGCCAGAAUAUUUUAUUGUUUGGAGUUGCAAGACGAAUUUCAAGAUUUCUAUUUGUUAAGUUUAGUGAAAGGUUGUUGACCAACUACUAAGGAAAAGCAUGCCAACUGCUUUUGUCACUCAUUGUAUGCUUGUGGAUCUCUGAUUUAAAUCACACAUCAUUAGCUUCUGAGUUUUUUAGUUGAACCACAGGCAAAAGGAAUUAUGAAAGACUUAAAGACAGACACUUACGCUGUGUUUCCUUUCUGUUCUCAGUUAUUUUUUAUUUUCUCUUCUUCAGAUGCCAGGAUUUGGGAUGCCUCCACCAUUUAUGUUUCCUCCACCUUUCAUGAUGCCGCCUUUCAUGUUUGGUAAGUUGUCAGGGUUUAUUUGCUCAAUGAAAUAAGAUGCAAUUGCUUUUAUAUGAGAAGAAUUUUGAUUGGUUCUUCCUUAUGAUCUAAUGGAUAGUAGACCCAUAGAUGAUGUCACAAUAAAAAUCAUUUUCAUUUUUAUCAUACAGUGCAAAUUUAUAGAUUUGAUGUUGCCGUGGUUGUGUUCAGUUAUGGAUCACAGAAAAUGUCAAAAAUCCUUUAACCAUUAAGAAUGACCAACAGUUAAUUUCUCCUUACAGUCUUAGCCUUAAAUCAAAUGUAAAGGCUGUGAGAAUAAAGGAAGUGAUCAUCAAUUUAAGAAGCUCAUGAUUAUCAAGCAAAUUCUCCUAGUCAAUGCCAUAAGAAAUCUAUAAAAAACAGUAUGGAGAAUCUGCACCCUGAUGUUAGGAUGUACAGGGUUAAUUGGGUGUGUGUGUGAUUAUUUUUCCCAUUAGGUGAUCUCAGCAUGCCUCCCAACAUGGACUUUUUGUCUCUAAAUAUUGAACAGCUGGUAGCUGUUGAAGGUCAGGAAAGACAGAAUGUGGAAGCAAGGAUAAACAUGUUACGGACUGUACAUGCCCUGUUGGAUGCUGCCAUAGUGCAGCUUAAUCAAUACACUCAGAUGGUAAAUGCGCAGAGGUAAGUUAAGUAAAUGAAAGUUCACGUAAAGCAAUGAUUCGUGUGUGUGUGCUGGAAUUUAUGCAAUUUCAGCGAAGAAAUCAAAAAUAAAAUCAGGCUUCAACAGGGUUCGAACUCCUGCUUCCCAGAUACUAUUUGGCAGGUACACGUCAGGAGCAAGGCACAGUUUAGAGGGUUCUUCAAUCCUGUAGAGGAAUCCAUAUCAUUAAAAUUGUGAUUAAAUUAAUGUUCUUGAUCAAUUUUUAAAUGGUCCUUAAGGGAAAGCUGCAAUCCACUUUAUGAUUGGUUCUUUCCUGAAAAGGAAUCUGAUCACAUUUUCUUUCGUUUAAAAUUAUUAUUGAAUUAGUGUUCUUGGUCAAUUUUUAAAUGAUCCUGGUGGGAAAACUUCAUUCCAGUUUGUGGUUGGUUCAGAAAGUCAGAGCUUUUUGCUCAACCAGUGGGAUGCAAAGCUCAAACUAACCACAAGUUGGUAACCCACAGAGCGGAAAAGAGGGAGGCCUGGUACGGAGUCUACCUACUCCACCACUACCUUUGCUCCGUUUACAAUCGCGCGUCGUUUUACUGACUGAACACAGUAAUUCCCCUCACGUGACUGCCUCGAGAGGCAGACUAGCCUCCUUGCCUGCCACAAACAGUAGACCCAUUUGCUAAAUCACCUCCGACUUUUCUUUGCGAAAUAACAAUCAUCAGGUGAAAUAACAAUCAUCAUGGGGUGAAAUAACAAUCAUCAUGGCGGGAAGAAGCAAAAUUUUUAGUUCGCCUAUACUUUGGUUUCUUUUUGGCUUUUCUCUGUACAUAUUGGCAUGUUUAAGUGGCAAAGAUGCACACAUCGGACUAGAUAUGCGCCUCGUCAAAGUAAACAAGCAAAGCUGGGAUAAUCAUUGGUUUUUGAAACCGAUAUCUUCCAUUUUGUUUCGACUCAAUAUCCGCCAUAUUGGAUUCGUGUGGAAAGCUCGAGUCAGAUUCAGGAAUUCGAGAGUCAACUACUACAGCAACUCCGAUGCAAGCUUCAACUUUGAAUAUUUACAACUAUGUGGCGACAUAUGUCCUAACCCGGGGCCUGCUCCCCUCUGUUUGAUACUUCACGUGGUGAGAGACAAUGGAAAGCAAGGAGUAUCCAUCGGUCACUCGAACGUGCGAGGCCUCCGUAAGAACCUCCCCGAAGUGAAAAUACUUUUACAGCAUACCAACCUGGAUAUCCUAACCAUUUCUGAAACGCAUCUGACACAAGAUAUAAGCGAUAACGAAGUAAACAUCGAUGGAUACCGAAUUCUGAGAAGAGAUAGGUCACACAAAGUAGGAGGCGGAGUCGCUAUUUACUUUAACAUUAGCCUAGAUUGUGUACGUAUAUCCAAAUAUGACAACGACGGCAUUGAAGCUCUCUGGAUUGAAUUGAAAGCUCACUCGCAAAGAUUACUUGUGGGUUGUGUAUAUAGACCUCCUGACGUUACAUCUUUCUUUGAUGAAUUCAACCAAGUAUUGAGUACAAUUUGGAUGUCUCGCAGGAAUGUUGUGAUCGCUGGUGACUUCAAUUCAGAUCAGCUUGCUACUAAUGGAAAUGGUGCGAAAUUCAAACGCAUCUUACAAUCUUAUAACUUUUGUAACAUCAUAAAAGCACCCACAAGAACCUCAGCACAUUCUAACACUUUGAUCGAUCUGAUUUUGACUAUCAAUACCUCAAAGGUCUCAAAGUCUGAUGUGAUUGAGUAUUGCAUAGCUGAUCACAAAUUCAUCUACGUUAUCUACAAGCUGAAGAUCAGGAAUCCAAAGCCUUUUUAUUAAAUAUGUCCACAACUUCAAGAACGUGUUGGAAAACCCGAAAGACUUCAAACAUGACCUGGAAAGUGCUCCCUGGUGGGUCUGUUCCACCUUUGAGGACUUGGAUGACAUCACUUGGGCUUGGAAUUGCAUGUAUAAUAUUAUUGCAAGCAGUCACAUUCCCUUACGUAAAGCCAAGGUUAGAAAAAAUUCACUACCUUGGAUGAACAGUGAGAUCCGGAAAGAGAUGAAUAAGAGAUAUAAACUUCUGAAAGCCUGUGAUGGCACACCCGCUACUAAUAAACUCUGGGUUGAUUACAAAUCCUCUAGGAACAAAGUAUCUAAGAUGCUACGACGUGCUGAAGCUCAAUAUUGGAAAAAGAAAUUUACAGAGACCAAGGACUCAAAAUCUUUCUGGAAAACUGUGAACGAGGCCACUGGAAAACCUAAGAAUAAACAUAUUGGCCCCCUCAGAGAUGCUGAAAAUAAGGAAAUCACAAAUGACUACGAGAAAGCUGAACUGAUUAACUCUUACUUCAUAAAUAUUGGCAAGGAACUAGCUGAAAAAUUCCCCGAAGUUGAUGAUCCCCAUCAAUUCAUGUACAGAGUUACCCCCACUGUGCAGGUCUUGGAGGUCAACAUCAACAAACUCAAAACUGAUAUCAAGACAAUUAAAAUUAACAAAGCAUCUGGUCCUGAUGGCAUCUCUUCUCGUAGCUUAGCUAUUGCAGGAACAUCCGCCCUAGAGGGCAUUGUAACUGUUUUCAAGAGCAGCAUGGCUCAGUCCAGCUUCCCUAACACAUGGAAGAUUGCAAAAGUUAAUGCAAUCUUUAAAAAAGGAAACCCAGCAGAUGUUUCAAAUUAUAGGCCAAUAUCACUUUUAAAUAUCCCCAGCAAGCUGCUCGAAAGCCAGAUCUGCAACAUAAUUGAUACCCAUCUGAACAGCUGUGGCAUAAAAAGCUGUAAACAGUGGGGGUUUAGCAAGGGACUAUCGACUGAAGGAAUGCUUACCUCUAUGACUGAAGGAUGGAAGACAGCAUUUGACAAUGGUCUGACAGUUGGAGCAGUCUUUAUUGACUUCCAGAAAGCUUUUGACACUGUCCCCAUUAUAUUUUAUCGCAUAAACUACACGCCAUUGGAAUAUCAGGAUCUCUUCAUGAAUGGCUAAUGAGCUAUCUUACUGAUAGAUGUCAAUUUGCUGAAGUUAAUAAUUGCAGGUCGGUCACUGACUAUGUGCGAUAUGGAGUCCCUCAAGGCUCGCUUCUGGCCCCCGGCUCUACACCAUAUAUGUUAAUGAUCUCCCUGACCACAUCGACUCGGGAGAUCUAUACAUGUAUGCAGAUGACACUACAGUUUACUGUAUUGGACCAAAUGUUGACCAGGUUAUGUUGUCACUAAAUAAAUCAUUGGAGCAAGUUCUCCUGUGGAGCAUUAAGAAUCAGCUAACCAUCCACCCAAUUAAAACUGAAGCAAUGAUACUAAGUAAAACCUCUUUUGUUGGGCCUAUACCUCCCCUCCACUUUAACACUGGCCAUAUCGACCUGGUUAAUUACACCACUUGUCUUGGAGUUAAAAUUGACAAUAAGCUGACAUGGUCUGUGCACAUUGACUCAGUGAAGAAAUCUUUUACGCAGAAGGUUGGAGCGUUGAAGAGAAUGAGAAUCCUUCCGAAGAAGGUUCUCGAGGAAAUAUACUUUAAAACAAUUAUCCCCAGUGUAACGUAUGGAAUUUCGGUAUGGGGAAAUUGUUCUCCUUCCGCACUGAACUCUCUAAACCAUAUUCAUGCAAGAGCAGCUCGUAUUGUGAAUAACCUCGACUCAACGAUGGCAGAUGACACAUGUCUCAUGAAAUCCGACUGGCUGCCCAUCUCUUACUUCUAUAAAAAAUCUGUACUGUUCCUCUUGCACAAAGUAUAUUUUGGAACAACGACCCAGUCGAUAUGUGAACUGUUUUUUAAAAGAGUUUCUUCUAGAUCUUCUCGUGUUCCUAACCAAUUUAAUGUCAUUAGAUUUAGAUCAGAGACCGGCAGGAACUCCCUACGAUACAGAGGUCCUGUUAUUUGGAAUUUUGUAAAUAGAUUAGUUAAAGUACCUGAAAGUUUUUAUUCUUUUAAACAAAUCUUACGUAAACAUGUUAAGACUAUUGACAAUUUUUCAUUUGAGAAAGAGGCAACAGUAGUUGCCAACAGAAAGGACCAUUUCAUUUACUUUUAGAUUUAUAUGUUAGUCUUAGUGAACACCAUUUUAUUUGUAUAUAGUAGUUCUAAGUUAUUAUUGCAAUUUUUAUAUAUAUGUAAUUCCUAAUAUUUAGUAUAGUAGGUCCACAUCAGCCCUUUGGCUGCCUUUCACACAACCUACUUAUCAAAUAAAGAAUGUAUGUAUGUAUGUAUGUUGCUUCUCACACUGCGUAUUUGUCUUUCAGACAACCGCCCUUAAAUGUUCCUCAGCCGUCGACCUCAGCGGGACCCUCAGGAUAUGGGACCGCUGAAGCAGGUCCCUCGGGAUUAGGAACGACAGAAAAUGGUACCUCGGAAUUGGGGUCAGGAGGCGCACAAUCUUCGGUACUCGGCGGAACGACAAAGACAGCGGGAACGAAUACAUUCUUAUCCGCAGGGAAGUCAUCUUCACCUACACCUGGGCCUUCUGCAGAGUCUGAUUCUUCAGCUUCUGAAUACUCGGCGGCAAAAGCCGCAGUUUCAACAGAUAAAGACAUUUCGCAAACAGAACUGAACUCAAAUGACGAGAACUCUGAAAUAAGGCGGCGUAGACUGGAGCGCUUUUCGAGCACCACGAAUCAAGACAGUGGUGAUAAGGAGCACGAGAACUGAUAAUGUAUAUUGCUGUUAGACACGGAUAGUUUUCAGGAAUCUUAAUGAAUAUGGACAUGCCACCUUCGAACAAAGCAGUGAGCAGUGACUCUUAAUAUAAAAUCUUAUUUAAAGUUUUUAGUUUCAGACCGGUGAAUGAAAUGAGUUCCCAAGCUUCUUCGGUAUCGGGAAGAAUGAGACAGAUUCUAAGGAAAUGUUUCUUGUAAAGGACAACGAACGAACACAUAGGACAUCUUUCUUGAGAAAGGCAACAUCCAAGAGAAGGAAAUCUAGAAAAAUUAAAUUUAAUUGAAAUAACUAUUAGUUUUUCAGGGAUAUUUUCAUAUUUCUAAACCCAUAUGGAAUACAUAAAACAACAAGGUGUGGAAAUUGAUUUCCUGGCUAGUAAAUGUCUGCUAAGAGACUUUGAGGACCUUUGAAGUAAGACAUAUUGAAGUUUAUAUGAAACUGUGGGCGAGUGUAGCUUUAAAAUUUCGCUUUCGGUAUCAAAAUAGCCUAAAGUUAAUAUUUGAAAAUGAUUGUGAUAAAAUAGAGAGGAAGACUUGAAAACAUACUCUGUCGGUUGAGGCCCGAUUUUGAUCGCUCUCUCGGAUCCAGUCUUCUUUCCCGUGUGAUCGAAAACAUUUAAGUAAACAAAAAACGAGCAAGCCUAAAAGACGCGUUCAGUAAUGUUAAAAAAAGCAUAUAGUUUAUUUCCGUUCAUUUGUUUACAAGGACACAUCACAAUUUGAAACUCAGUUGAAUUACAUAACUUUCAGCCAAAAUAGAUUUUUCCAUAUCUGAACUACAAACUGAUCAAAUAAUACCAGCAGAUUUAUGCGAUGACUUGAUUUGUUAUAUGGAAAAUGAAUUUUGUUGUUUAGAGUAAGGAUAUCUACGGAUUGAAAUAACAAAAACUAUUAUCACUAGCAUAAAUAAUUCAUAUCGGUUUAUUAUACCUGAUGAAUUUAAAGUUCACAAGGUUGUUUCACGGAUGAUUCAAGCGAUAGUCUCAGGACGAAGGGCUAACGCUUGAAACGUCGGCUUCAAAAAUUAUGUACGGUGGCUAAUUUACAUCAUGUCAGUUGAUAAAAGAAAAUUGUCGACCUCCUUCCGACGCCGCAGCACAGUUGGAAACUUACUCCCUUUAAUUUACUGAGGAAGUUGAUUAACAAAUCGUGAAACUCACAUAUCUCAAGUAAGAUUCCGCUUUGGCUGAUUGAGAG